GGUCUCUGCACAGCCGCAGGAGCCGGAGGGGCAGGAGCAGCGCGUUGUGGCCGGUUCGCACUCCAGAGCCGCCCCCCCCCGCGCAGACACGCGGCCCGGCUGCGCUAGAGUCCGGGACCGGGACUGGCGUCGUGAGACAGGGUCGUCCUGGGCUGCGAGGGGUUGCCCACGGGUGUUUGUACGAGGGGGGGCGCGGGUGCGGAUAUCCACAUGCACACGUAUGUGUAUACGUGUACAAGUGUAUAUGUUGGUAUACAUAUGUGGAAAGAGUGCGUGUGGCAAUGCACAUACACUUCUGCCUGUGCACACACCUGCAUGUACACACACAAACACGUGCACACUGUGCACACAGUAUGCACAUGCACGCACGCUGUACCCUAUAUGCUGCAGGUGCACUGUGUGUAUACACCUACACAUGCAGAUGCGUGAGCAUGCAUGUAUGUAUAUACACACACACGCACACACACGUGCAUGUAUGUGGCUGCAUGGGCUCACAUACCGAGUGCGUGAGUGCGAGUCGAGCACCGGGUGGGUUUGAGCACUCGAUCCCCAGAGCGGUGGGUGCGGGGGACAGAGUUUGGUGGAGUCGCCCUUUCCAAUGAGAUCCGUUUUAGCCCAGGGAGGUGAAUCCGGGCGACCCCUUUCCCUGGAAGCUCAUGGGCUCGUGCAGCCGUUGCUGGUGCUGUUCUUGUUUCCCCUGGCCCGUGCUGCCUGCCCUGCUGGACGGGCCCAGGUGUAUGAGUUAAGGUUGGUUCAACACUUCAGUUUCUGCAGUAACCUUAGGAAUGGUGUUGGUUGUGGUUUGUACCACGUAGACUCGCUGAAUCAGAGAUACGUCAGCUCUUGUAAGCAUCUGGCAAAAAUAAUUUUUUUUCCUGCAACAUCCCAAAUAAAGAGACCUUACAAGAUUGUCUUGGUACAUGAAAUGAGUAAGUCUCAGCUGGGCUCCUUUGUGAUAUUAGCUCUAUUAGACAUGUAAACACCUGCAUGUGAUUCACAAGACAAACCUCGAGGUUUCAGGUGGGAAGCCAUAGCAUCAGAAGCCGUUCGUAUCUGCUGUGGUCUAAGCUCUUGGCAAGAGGUAGGGGUGGGAGUCAGUCUACUAUUUUUCAUAAUGAAAAAAUGAAUGAAAUUAGUUUUUGAAAUGCAGGUGCCACAAAAUUCAGGCAAGUUACAGAAGGGUGCCUGGAGCUGAAAAAGGCUGAGAAACCACUGUACUAGGUACAGGAAGCCACGAUGAUAGCUUUCUCUACAACAUCAGCAACUGGAUAUAUUUUUCAUGCCUGUUAAUGGGGACUGAUUUCAGAAAUGCUCCAGUGAAGACAUUAAGUAGGACUGGAAUUGUCUCCUUGUUUCUCCAGCACUUGACACUCCUCACUUCCCUCUCCAGCGCUCUGCGCUGUCUUCCCCAGGGCACUAAAGUUCCUGGUUAUUUCCUGGUGUCAGGGCACUAAAGUUCCUGGCUUUGCUUACACAAAAAGUUGAACCAGUUUAACUCUGGUUUACUCAAUCUGGUUAAUUUAAGCUAGUGCACACCAAUUCACAGGUGCUUUUCUAGGUGUAGCUUGUGCUGGUAACUUUUUAAAACUAAUUUUAAUUAAAUAGGCACACUAUCUGGCUAGGUGAGGCUUGAAACAUUAUUUCCCACACCCUUUGCACAGUCAUGCAUGCACAUAGGAAAAGAAAAGAGAAAGUGCUUGAUGAAGUUAUGGAACCACUUUGAUUCGAGUUAAUUUACUACAUAUCUGCUCCCUGACAUAGGAAGUUGCUUGGCUUACCUUUCUAGUAGGAUCUAUUCAUUUAGCAAUAGCAGUUAUAAUUACGCUUUAAAAAUACUUACAGUAAAAUCUGAUUUCACAUGCUCCUGCAUUUCGGGGGGAGGGGAAAAAUCUUGAAACUCACUUCUUGAAUGAAACUUUCCAUGUUUCAAAGCUCUCAAAGCUAAACAGAAUUAUUGAAAAUUAGGGUUGGAAGGGACCUCAGGAGGUCACCUAGUCUAAUGCCCUGCUUGAAGCAGGACUACCCCCAACUAUAUCACCCCACCAAGGCUUUUAAAAUUUGCAAGUGAACAUAAGUAAUAGGUUUAGAUGCCAAAAGUGAGUCCAGUAAUGCAGUUAUUUUAGUACUGUAGUGUAUAUGAAUCAUUGUGUUCCUGUUAACUUGAACAUGUAGGAAGAAUUAUAUUUGUCAAUCUUCUUUUGUUAAAUAGAAACCAAAAGACUUAUCUAGGCAGAAUUGUGGUGGGGGAUAUUUAUUCCAGUUUUUGCUAUAAUUUUAAAUCUUCCAAUUUGAAUGUUGUAUCACUGGGAUUUUUACCUUUAAAUGGGUAAAGUAUUGUUAUGAAAUACUGUAUGAUUCACACCCAAAGAGAAGGUACAAUGUAUUUUAAGGUUGGGAAAUAUAAGAGCAAAUAGAAGAAAAAGUGUCUAGCCAAACCAAUAAUUACCCUUCCAUGAAUACUAGAUUCUGUUUCUCACCUGUCUAAACCCUUUUCUCUGGUGAGAUAGUAUCAUCUUUUUACAUUAAUCUUAGGAUUUAGUGUGGGAUAGUUUUAAAAUUGCUCUUCUGUGUAAAAUUAAGACUAACAGCCCUGAUUUCCUCAGUUCUGAAAAAAGCCCCUCUUCUUCCUGAUUUACAUACCGUACUUAGAAACGUGUUUCUGUUUUAACAAUGAUUGAUGGAGGUUGAGUGUUUUGCUUUUGUUUUGGCGAGUCUCUGCUUUUACAUUGGUACGUGGUAUCAUAACUGAUAGGUGAUUUCCCUUGUGGAGUGGGGGGCGGGGUUCCAAAGAGGAAAUCAUCCACUAUGAAUGCUUUGGGCUUGAUUCAGUACUCUGUGAAGUCAGUGAAAAGACUCCCAUUCAUCUCAGUGUCAGUUGGAUUGGAUCCUUAAAAUGGCUUUUCUUGGGGAAACAAGAAAGAUUAAAAAUAGAUUUAAAACAAAAAACAAGACGGAUUAAAAAUAGAAUGAAAAAUUUUGACUUUUAAGCUGCUAGUUCAGGUCUAGUAAAGGCUGGUAGGGAAUAAAAGUCGUAACUGUUUGGGAACCUUUGGGCCUUUUUGAAGAUAGGCUAGUAUGAUUUGUGGUGGAAAAGCAUCAGACCCUACUUUCCAGCUUUUCUUGUGCUGUUUUCAAGGUUGCUUUGAAGACUGUUUGUUGGCUCUGUUAAUAUCUUUGGAAAUGGUGAUUUGUAUUGGACAUGGAACUUUUGUAACUCUUGGAAAGGAUUUCUAACUGUAUUGUCUACAGAACUAACCGUGGGUAUUUUUACAGUCCAAAAUGUGAACUAAUUCACUAAUUGAGAAAUUAACUUUUUUUUCUUCUUCUUUCAGUGCUACAACGUGUUGUGAAGCAUUUACAGCUGCUCCACUUGUGCAUAUUUUCAAACAGGCAGGAUCUUUUGAAAACGAUACCUAAUGUUAUAUUAUUAAAAUGGCUAUCCAUACAAGGCUGAGUGUAAAAAUGAAAAUGCUGACAGGUAUUUUUUUAAUCUUUUGAAAUUUUAACUAACAUUUCAUUGAUAUUUAUGUUUUAUUAAUUAUCUCUCUGAGCAAAUAUAAAUUGCUGUAUUAUGCAUCUACUAGACAAGGGUUGCUCAAUUUCCAGGCCCUGGGCCAAAUGCAGCCCCAUGGAGCCAUCGCAUCUGGCUUGUGGGGCUCCCCAUGGGUCUGGGGAAUUGGCAGCAAGCGAGUGGUGGCCAUGAACACAGCCUCCCCCCCACUUUCCCCUGCCAAAUCCCCAAGCCCCAGUACCUGCAUGGCUGGUCUGAGCCAAGCUAUGCCUCUUUCCCCCGUGGGCCUGGGCCACGUUCCCCCACUUCGGGAUCAGGGUUGGACCGUGUCCCCUUCCUUUCCUGCAGGGCCAGGUUGGGCCAGGCCACGCACUCUUUCCCUCCCUACAAGGUCACCUGGCUAGCCUUCUUUCCCUCUUCACAAGGAUGGGUCAAGCUCCUUUCCCCAUCAGGGCUGUGUUGAAGCCAGUUUGUCCCCCACCUGGCCAGAUGGUGCCCACUCGUGCCAGAGCAGGAACACCUGGAUCCAGCCCACGAAUGUACUGGCCACUGACAGUCUGGCCUGCCGUGUGAAACUGUUGGGGCUGCACUGCACUAUCGGUGGUCCAUUAAACCAAUUUUAAAUAAACAAGUCAUGGAAUCACAGAUUAUGCGAUCAUAAUUUUAUCACUACUUUAUAUUUUCCUUUCAAAGGAAAAAAUAGAAGUACUCUGUGACAGGCUCACAGCCACAGGGGCUGCCAUGACACCCCUAGCGGCCUUGCUGCUCCUGCCUUGCUCCAGCCCUAAUGUCACUCUCUCUCCAUUGUUCACCAGCCGUGCCUUGCUCUUAAUAUUACAGGUUGAUUCAAGGAGGCUGCUAGCAGGCCUUAGAGUGAGCCCGAAUCCAGUAAGUUUCCACUGGGUCUGAGGCCCCGUUGGCCUCUAUCCAGACAUCCAACCUUGGUAGGUUCCUCUCGGCCUGACUACAGGUGCCCUACAGGGACCUAGCCUUCAGGGCAAACUGAGUGGUUCCUUUUCCUCCCCUACUCCACGCCCUAAGCCUCAGAGAUGUUCUCCCUUUGAUUUUCCUUCUUAUACACUCUGGCCCCUUGAGCGCUCAGACCCCUCCCCCGCCCAGCCCUGGACACAGGUGGCUCUGGGCCUCUUGGACCUCGUGAUCUGGGUCUCAGCCUUUUUUCAGUUCUGGGACCCCUCCCUGGGUCCCACCCUCAGUGUGAGGGCUCCUGGGAUACUGGCUCUCUAAGCAAGCCUUGAGGCUGCACCCCCAGGGUUCAAGGCUAAACAUAAAUAAGUAACAUCACCGCUGUCUGGCAGACACCUCAAUCUUUAGAGGUGUAACAUAAAGACCACUUGCCUGUAAACCCAGUCUUCCUCAGUCCAAGAAACUUGCCUCUGUUUCCAGACCUGUAGAGUUGUUCAGCCAAAAUCCACUUCCCUUCAGGGACCCGGAGCCAGGAGUUCUGCACUGUGUAGUAGCUGGGGAGAAACGAACAGACUGGUGCAGACUCUGGGCUCAUGUAGCUCCAGCCUGAGCCCUCUUCCAGCCAGGUGAGUCCCUCAUUAGCUCCCCCCUGCCCCCUAAAAGCAGCCUCUCAGGCUGCUUGCUCUCCUAAAGGAUCAGGCACAUCCCAGUGCCCUGCUACAUAUUCUGUAUACUAGAUAACCAUGAUAGUUGAUUACUGUGUUAAUUAUUUGUAUGUCCUUCGAUGAGGAGAGGUGACAAUCCUGACUAAAGUUCUGUUGUAGCAGAUGCUGUACAAACGCAAAUAAAGACUUAAGGUGCGUGUAAAUGAAAUGAAAAUUCCCGUUUGUGUCGACGCAACUGCAUUUGUCACUGUGGCCUGUUUGUUAGUUCUUAUCCUGAAAAGAUAUAGUCUGAAAAAGCUCCAUUUGUAUUCGAAGGCCAAGUCUGUGUGUGCAUAGUUUUCGACAAAUGAGCUGUUAAACUCAGUAAGACUAUUAGCGCAUGAGGCUAAAUGUAUGCAUAAUCAUUUGCAGAAGUGGGGUGUGAAACUGUAGUUUUACAAAUACACAGCAAAGCUAAGGCAGGUCUUACCUUUAAAGCAGCUAAUCAAUCUAGUAUUAUGACUUCAUUCGCUUAGCUAGAGUAAACCAAACAAAGGAAAUGAGACUUAAUAGAUACAGCAUGGGAUAUUAGAGUUUUUACAGGUUAGUUUUAUUUUGGUACUGUUUGUAGGCCACAUUAGCCCACUGAUUGCACUGGUUGUUGUGCAAACACACAUGAGCUUCAUGCUGAUAAAUUACUAUUUUAAGCCUUGGGACCGUUCUCUCUCUCUUGGUUGGAGGAUUUGGACCAAAAAGGAAAAACACAGGGAGGGGGGGACUUUGUGAUUGAACAGAAGUGAUUGAACAGAACAAAAUCUGAAAAACGAUUAUGUAAGAAUAUCUUCUUUUACCACCUGUCAUGAUGUAUAAAUAGGCAAGAGGUCAGUUUGGCUUUUAAAUUCAGGAGUAGUGUGUAGGUCUGGAAUGAAAAAAAACACCCCAUUUCUUCCACCUGUUCCCUUAUAUACUAAGCAAAUUUGAUUUAGAGAAAGAAGGGUUUUGUUUUUACUAAAACUGCAUUUAACCUUGACCUGGCAAUCGCAUAGCAUCAUAGCUCUUAACUUAUUUGGAUAUUUGAUUACUGUAACUUAAAAAAAAAUUAAACAUGUAGGAAUUAAGAACUGUAAAGUAAUAGGUAGUGUGUUAUUUUAUCAUCUCAGGUUCAAGCAGGACAGUUUCAGGAAAGUAUGACUUGAGAGAGGCAGCCAGGCAGACAAUCCAAAUGCUUCAGUUGGCAGGAUGAAGUGAUAUGCUAAUGUAAGAGAAAAGAGCCCUUGCUUUCUGUAAGUGCCUUCGUUGCAUCCCAAGAGGAAAGCUGCUGUGUCAUUGAACCAGUUAGUCUCCAGCGUGCCACCCUGCCCAGAUUUCUUCCAAGGAAGGAAUAGUGGAUGUGAUCUCUGCAAAAAGAAAGCUUGUCUGGUUAUGAAACAGAGGUCUGAAUGGUCCUGACGGUAAAACAAGCGUAUCUGUUAAGAUGACUGCGGGGAAAGUAUCCUGUUUUCAUCUAUGCAGCCUGUUUAAUAUCAGAGCCGCGUCCUGGACUCCACCCUCACGAUCCAGGGCCAGGCGAUGCGGCACCUGCGCGACGGGGAGGCCUACUGCCACCUGGGGACGCCCACCGGCCACCGGGCCAGGCAGACGCCGGAGGAAACCAUCAACGGCAUCGUGCAGGACGCGCACAAACUGGACUCGUCCCUGCUGGCCCCGUGGCAGAAGAUCGACGCGGUGAACACUUUCCUCAUCCCCCGCGUCGCGUUCGUCCUGAGAGGCUCGGCGGUCCCCAAGACCCCCCUCAAGAAGGCGGACGCCGAGAUCCGACGGCUGCUCAAGAAGUGGCUGCACCUGCCGCUGCGGGCCAGCAACGAGGUCCUGCACAUCCCCUACCGGCAGGGGGGUGCCAACGUGCCCCGCAUGGGAGACCUCGGCGACAUCGCCGUGGUCACCCACGCCUUCCGCCUCCUGACCUGCCCGGACGCGACGGUAAGUAUCAUCGCCGCCAGCGCCCUGGAGGAGACCGCCCGCAAGAGGAUCGGCAGGCAACCCACCGGACGUGACUUGGCCACCUUCCUGAGCGGCUCGCUGGAGGGCGAGUUCAGCCGAGACGGCGGGGACUUUGCCUCGCUGUGGAGCCGAGCCCGCAACGCCACGCGCCGCCUCGGGAAGCGCAUCGGCUGCGCCUGGACUUGGACCGAGGAGCGCCGGGAGCUGGCAGUCUCCCUGCAGCCAGCCCCGCACGCCGACUCCGUGACCGUGACGCCCCGCACGAGGACCUUCCUGGAGAGGUUCCUGAAGGACGCCGUCCGCAACAAAUACGCCGGCGACCUGAGGGCCAAACCCGACCAGGGCAAGGUCUUCGACGUCACCUCGAAGUGGGACGCCAGCAACCACUUCAUGCCCAGCGGGAGCUUCACGCGCUUCGCGGACUGGCGCUUCCUCCACCGCGCCCGCCUCAACUGCCUGCCUCUCAACGGGGCCGUCCGCUUCGGCCACCGGGACAAGAGGUGCCGCCGGUGCGGCUACGCGGCCGAGACCCUCCCCCACGUGCUGUGCAGCUGCAAGCCGCACGCCAGGGCCUGGCAGCUCCGCCACAACGCCGUCCAGGACCGGCUGGUGAGGGCCAUCCCGGCCGCCGCGGGGCAGGUCUCCGUCAACCGCACCGUCCCGGGCUGCGAGAGCCAGAUGCGCCCCGACAUCGUGAUCACCGACGAGGAGGCCAAGAAGAUCACCAUCGUGGACGUCACCAUCCCGUUCGAGAACCGGCGCCAAGCCUUCACCGACGCCCGGGCUCGCAAGCGGGAGAAGUACGCCCCGCUGGCCGACACCUUGAGGGGCCGCGGCUACGACGUGACGGUCGACGCGCUCAUCGUGGGGACGCUCGGAGCCUGGGACCCCAGUAACGAGAGCGUCCUGCGCGCCUGCCGCGUCUCCCGCCGCUACGCCAAGCUGAUGCGCUGCCUCAUGGUGUCCGACACCAUCCGGUGGUCCCGCGACAUCUACGUGGAACACAUCACGGGCCACCGCCAGUACACGGACCCCAGCAGGAGAACAGCCGCCGGACCGGACCCGGAGGGGACCGCCUGAACCGCCCCCCUCCGCAACAGACGGACCUUCGCUUCAAGAGGACUCAUCAACGACGGACGACGACCCAGCGCCACCCGAAGAGGACCCCCGCGAUAGACUGUAUCUAGACUGAGACGCUUCAUCCUCGGACCACUUCUCCCACCGUUGCGGACCAUUGUCACGGGUAUGUGUGUUUCUAUCCUCUUUCUCUCUCAGCGUCGCGAAACCCCCCCCUCCCUCCCCCUCCCCACUCCCCUCUCCCCUUACCCCCGGGCUUAGUUGGCUAACUUUGUAUCGCAUGUAACCUAGGUGCGUUCCCAACCUCACCCCCAUCCUUUUAUUGUUAGUCCCUCGCCCGGGCGUUCUGUAUUUCCCUAUCGGCUUUGUCAUCUUUUUUUGGAUUUACCAUCCUUACCAUUUACUGAUAAAAGUCAAUCUGUUCUUAUCAGUUUAAUAUCUGAUAUGUCCUCGAUGUGAGGACUUUAUAUUAAAUGGAUUUUUGGAACUGGGAGAUGGACUCGGAGCUUGCUCCAUCCACUCCACGCAUCGGCCUGGUAUUGCAGUGCCUCCAGGAGCGGUGCACCU